CAUUAUCUUCGAACGAACACAUGUACGAUGAACCAUUGCUCCCCGGCCUGAGAAUUUCGAAGGGAUAUAUGUCUGCACGAAUCUCGUUUCCUGUCAAGGCUUCCAGCUAGGCUCCCAGCAAUGAUGCCAAUAAUGAUUGCGACACUACUGGCUCUGUUAUGUUUCUGUCCUAUGACCGUCCUCUCUGCAGACACCCUAGGCAUCAAAGAUGGAUUCACGACAUUCAAUACUGGGACAUUCACCAUGAAGCUCAUCAAGGACUCCCAGACCUUAUACUCUUUGAUGCCCACAGGAUCGAGCUUCGACUUCAUGCCCUCCGAUUAUAUGGCACAGCGCGCCGACAACGGACAGAACCAUGUUGGCGACAUAAAUAUACGCGCUCGGCGAAGCGGCACAUCCGCAUGGACUACCAUCAGUUCUGUGGUCAAACGAAGCCCGGUAACAGCGCUGAGUGUUUCGGGAACGACUAUAGCUGCAGCAAAUCUUGCCCCCACCCUCAAUUCGACGCUUCUCGGUGUGACGCGUAGCUGGUCUGUCGAAGAUGGGAUUUUGCAACUGCGAUUCAAUAUUUCGAACCCGCAGAGCCAGGCAGUCGAGAUAGGUGCCUUGGGUGCGCCUCUGGAGUUCAACAGUAUAUUUACUGGUCGUACCGUGGACGCAACCAACAACAAUUGCAGCCUCAUAGAUCCAUACAUCGGUCAGGAUGCAGGCUUCGUUCAAGUUACUCCCCUUCUAGGAACACUCCGACCUCUCGUUCUCAUUCCAGCUGCCUCAUCACCCUUUGAAGGCUGGCACUUCCUUCCCGAGGUUUACAGCGACUCGAGUUACGAUUAUCAGUCGCAGACUUUUGAAGGAUUCUACGAAUGGCAGUUCCAUACAUUAGCCUUCGCGCAGAACGAGUGGGCCUCCGUCACUCCCUGGAAUUCCCCGACGUCGUUCACGCUUCAACCUGGACAAUCACGCACGUACGGUCUCAAAUUCCUCCUCGCAGACUCCAUCCGCGGUAUUGAAAACACUCUCAUCAGUGCCGGUCACCCUGUUGCAGCUGGUAUUCCAGGGUACAUUCUACCGACUGACCAGACCGGAAAAUUAUUCCUUAACUAUCGUUCAGCAGUGACAUCCAUCUCUGUCACUCCUUCCGGGGCUCUAUCUUGGACGUCUAAUUCAGAGGCGAAGACAAGCGGAUGGGUCGGUUACAACAUUACUCCGCGUUCAUGGGGUCGCUCCAGAUUGUCCAUCACGUAUGCAGACAGCACUCUACAGACGAUCAAUUACUAUGUCACCCACGACGCCGUCCAGGUACUGAGUGACCUCGGAAAUUUCCUUACUACCAAUCAGUGGUUCAAUGACACUAGUGAUCCAUUUGGACGCGCACCGUCAGUUAUCAGCUAUGAUCGAGAGGUGAAUGCGAUCGUGAAGGAUGACCCGCGGGCAUGGAUCCCAGGCCUUAGCGAUGAGGCUGGUGCUGGCUCAUGGCUUGCGGCAGCGAUGAAGCAAUAUCUCCAACCAAAUGCUGCUGAAGUAGCCAAGAUGGAGCAGUUCAUGAAUAAGGUGGUUAAGGGAUUAUUGCAGAAUUCGGAUGGCACUGUCAAAAAGUCGGUCUAUUACUAUCAGCCGGCGUUGGUGCCGAGUUACAAUUACCCAACAACCAUCAACUGGGGCAACUGGUGGUCAUGGAAUAGAGCGGCGUCUUAUGACACCAGUCGAGGUUACGACUAUGUCCAUGUCAUUGCUGCUCAUUGGGCUAUGUACCGCGUUGCGAGGAAUUAUCCCGCCCUUGUCUCUUUGCAGAAUUCAACUUGGUAUCUUGACCAGGCGCUAGCUGUGGUUACAAAGCUUACAGAUGGAACUGUUGGCUACUGGGAAGAUGGUCUGAUGGGCGAAACGGUGCUGAGUCUCUUGUUGGACGAUCUUACCAGGGAGGGAAGGACGUCGGACGCGUCACUUUUGAAGAGUAGGAUGCAGACGAGGUAUAACGUCUGGUCGAGGCAGAGUUUCCCGUUCGGCUCAGAGAUGGCUUGGGACUCGACCGGACAAGAGGGUGUUUAUCUGUGGAGCAAGUAUUUUGGCGGAACGACUCUGGCGACAAAAACACUCAACUCGAUUCUUGCAUAUCAACCACUCAUUCCUCACUGGGGAUAUAAUGGCAAUGCGCGACGAUACUGGGACAAUAUAUAUGGAGGAAAGCUUCAGCGCAUCGAGCGACAAAUCCAUCACUACGGCUCUGGUCUAAACGCACUCCCAUUGAUUUCUGAGUUCACCACAUCCCCGACAGACUUCUUCCUCCUUCGACUCGGUUACGCCGGUCUCUCUGGCCCAAUGUCAAAUAUCGACCAAGGCGGAUUCGCAUCGGCGUCAUUCCACUCAUGGGCCGACACCCUCAAAUGGGACGGGUACUCUGGCGACUACGGUCCAAACUUCUCCGGUCAUUCAAUGGGUAUCGGGAUGUACCUCAUCGAGCAUCCCGAUUUCGGCUGGCAGGCGUUCGGCGGGACCGUGACGUCGUCCUCUUCCUCGUCUGUGCAGGUGCAAGUGAAGGAUACUGGCAGGAGGAAAGUAUUCAUUGCGCCGAUUGCUGCGAUGUUAAAACUGGAUGCUGGGGCGUUCACUGGGGUGACGUAUGAUCCGGCGGCGCAUACGGUUGUGAUUACUAUCGCUAAUGCGGUUGGAUCGGGAGCUGCAGCGCCGCAUGGAAGAUUGGUGGUGAGCCAGACUGUUAGUGGUCAGGGUGGUGUUGGGGUGUUGGUUCCCACAAAGAGUCUGAGCGUGGAUGCGGGGGCCUAUACUAUUCCGUUCAGUGGUAGUAGUGCGACGGUGACUUUGUCACCCUGAGAGCGUGUACGAUUUGCAUGUGGUCAUUGAGUUGAAUAUCAUUCCUGGGUGCAUGAAAUGGUAUCCUCUUGGCCUUGAUACGUAGGCUUGGUAGGACUUGGUAUCGCAGGCUGGUCACCUUCCCUUCCUUAGUAACGCGAUCACGAAGGGAACCAAACAUGACCACAUGUCUCUCUUGGACGCGAACAUCAACAGCUAUGUAUAGACUUAUAUAAUGCCU